AUGCCACCGAAAAAGAGGAAGAAAGCGAAGACCACGCCCGAGGCAGCCAACGAUUCCGCGAGCGCUCGCGGGGCAAGUUCCAAGGCGAAGGGGUCCGCUGAGGCAUACUCCGACGCCGAGGACGUGUCUGGCGGUGACAAAAAGCAGGCCACUAUAGGAAAAGACGCAAAGACGCCCACGACCCAACGCCGCGAGCAAUGGGUAGCUGCGCAAGAGAAUAACAAGACCCCGCUCACGAAUACGCGACCCGCUCGUAAUACCAAGCUCCGCAAAAAGGUGUUCGAUCUCGUCGGCCGCGUCUCCUGCGUCGUCACCGGUCUCAGAUUCCACCCGCAUUUUCUACACGUUGCCCACAUCUUCGAGGCCCUGCGCGAUGACAUCGGCAUCUCAGUCAAGAAGGGAAAGCACUUGCUAAAGAUCCUGAAUCUGGACACGUCUGUCAAUCAGGAGAUUCUAUGUGCCUGGCUUCACUUGCUUUUCGACGGCACCUCCGUCAGGAAGAACAUCGGUCAAGGCCCGAUCGCGUUCGUCCCCAAAAAGCUUCUGGAAAUUCUCAACAAUAUCGUGAACAACAAGGGGAAAAAGAAUUAUCGCGAGUUGGCUCCCGACGCAGUCUACGAGUACGAGCUUUGGUGCUUCGAGAACACCAACUAUUUCCUCGGCCGCUACACUGACGCUGAACGCAACUACGACCACCUGGCAAAGGAACCUCAAGUUCAGGAAAAUGUGAAGGAAGACAUCCAGCUCGACGAGGAGCAUCCUGUCGAGGAGACUGGCGAGGUUGGCACCGAUCACGCUUCGGCUGUCAUCGAUCCGGAAGAGGUACCCUUGGACAAGAGCUUCCACAAUGGAAACUGCGAUCCAAUGAUUCUCGAGGUCGGCAAGCAAAAGUUCACUUUCUGGAGUCCCUUGAACCCCUACUUGGCGACCUUCGACCUGAUGGUGAAGAUGAACUAUCGCAUGAAGAGACGGGACCUCCGACGCAUUCUCCCUCCGGAAUGGAGGGCACUCUACGACAAGGAGAUGAAGCCCAAGACCGAGCACUGGUUUCCGACCGAGGCCGAAGCGCUGGCUAAGAGGAAGGCAGCGGCUGCUCAGCAACGUCAACCUCAAGGGCGCACGACAGAGAACUCAAAUCGCGACGAAGACCAUGGUGCUUCCACCACGGGCGAGGAUCCUGUUGCGCCGCCCUCGCCUGAACAGGCCGAUGGCUCCGCCGAGACUUCCGCGUCUCCCCCUUCGUCGUCCCCACCUCCCGACGAGCCGUCGAACAGCAGCCCGCUAGGACCCGGUCUCACUCACUUCGAUCGCGCCGCAGACGCUUCCGUUCGAGUUCAGCAACUCGACUUGAGUGCCGCGGACGCUUGCCGCGACUCAUCUCCCACUGCACCGCCAUCGCGGCAGGCCUCUCCUCCGGUUCUUCCUGAAGCCGCCUUUGACGGAGACGGGGCAUCUGCUCCUUUGCCUAUCUUGGAUCGUGCUGAAGACGAGGCGCGUAACACGAAGUCAAUGCCUGAGCGGCCUCGUCAAAUCAAGGGUCUUCCGAAGCGCAAGGGAAAAUCGAACCCGGCACCUACUACGUCGACGCACCCUGCGAAAAACCAGCGCCAGCUGCCCUCUCAGGACGAUGAACGACUACCGGAGCAUACAAGCGCACGCGAGGCGAAGGCCCCAGACAAAGAGCAAGAACCACCAGAUGCUGACAAUGACGCCAACGCUACACCUGCGCCCGUUCCCAAGGCUCCCGACAAGACCAAACCUACUACUUCGCCACCGUCGGACUCGAAUGACUCUCUCGACGCGCCACGGGCGUCGCUAUUGCAUCAAGGUGCUUCCACUACUCUUUCGCGUGCUCCGAAGGCACCAGAUAAGGCUCGCGGUGCAAAGGGUCCUAUUCCCUCGAUGCCACCACCUCUAGCAGGACCGUCGAGCUCAAGCGCACAGACUACCGAAAGACGACAGACCAGAGCGGCUGCGAAGCGUGCUCUUGAAGAGACCAACGCGCAAGGAGCCGACACCACCGAGCCCGAACCACCUGACCGACCCGCCGAUGCGCCAGAGCGCUCGCACAAGAAGCGGCGCGUCAAUACGCGCAAUCGUCCGAAGGACCCGCAGAUCGAGCGCGAUCACGACCCACCUGAAUCUUCGAAAGAUGUGCCACACGUACAUGUUCAGCACCGCCUGGAGGAGCCCGACAUAGAACGCGACCACGAUCCGCCUAACGUCAACAAGUCGAGGCGCCGCGGCAAGGAUCGCUAG